UAAAGCUUCCUCUUCUCUCAAAACUCAAAAGUCCGAGAAACGCUUCAGACUCCGGAGCUCUAUUUCCCUCCUCAAUUUCGCGCCGUAAUCGCCCCGAAGCAAAACCCUAAACCGGAACAAGUAGACGGAAAGCAAAAUUCUCCGAGCGAAAAAUUCAACAAUGCUGGUUCAGCUUCCGCGAUUGACUAGCUCUCUGAGGGAGCCCUUCGACGUCGACCAGGCCUAUUUGCAGCGCAAGCUCAUCCUUCAAAACCACACCAAGCCUGGCCAAUCAUCGAGCUCAGUUGAUGAGUCGGAGCUUGCGAGAAAGAUAGUUCAUAGAUGGGAGGAAGCUUCGUAUGAGCUGCGGCAAGCUUACAAGCAGUUUAUUGGAGCUGUGGUGGAGUUGAUAGAUGGAGAAGUUCAAUCCGAGGAGUUUCGUGAGGUGGCACUCGUUGUUUACCGGCUUUUUGACAGACCGGAGGAGGAAGGCAGUGUUGAAACAAAUUUUGCCGGAAAAAAGCAGGAAGUGCAAAUGCUUUUGGGGCACACAGUUUCAGAUGCUAACAUGCGGAAAGUUGCGUCUCUAGCUCAGAGACUUUGUGGGAUGCGGUCUAGUGAUCAUGGGAUUACACUUGUUUCAGAAAGGCCUGUAAAUGGAUCUCAUGACGAUGCAGAAUUUGGUGCCGACCUUGUUUUUCAUCCUCCGGCUCGGUUUUUGGUAGAUGUUUCUUUGGAUGAUGCGGAGUCAUUUUGUGAGGAAACCGCUGGACCUUCCUCUUAUUAUGAAGGAUCAUAUGGUCACAGUGGCUUGAGUGGUGGUCAUUCUGCUACUGAUGGGCGCAGCAUCGAUCUGACUUGGCUACAAGAUGCAUGUGAUCAGAUAACAAAAAGUACUACACAGCUUUCUCGAGAUGAACUGGCUAUGGCCAUUUGUCGGGUGCUUGAUUCUGACAAACCUGGUGACGAGAUAGCAGGUGACUUGUUGGACCUUGUGGGGGAUAGUGCAUUUGAAACUGUUCAAGACCUCAUAUCACAUCGAAAGGGACUUGUUGAUGCUAUCCAUCAUGGGUUACUAGUAAUGAAAUCUGACAAAUCGUCUUUGACCUCUCAACCUCGCAUGCCUAGUUAUGGCACACAGGUUACUGUUCAAACAGAAUCUGAACGGCAGAUUGAUAAGCUUCGGCGCAAAGAGGAAAAGCGAAAUAGACGAGGAACAGAAUAUGGCACUGAUAGUGAUCUGGCUGCUGUAAAUUUUUCUUCUCUACUACAAGCAAGUGAGAAAAAAAAUAUUUUUGAUGAUCUAUCGGGCCUUGGUGAAGGGAUAGCGGUUAAUGCUCUUCCGCAAGGAACUCAGAGGAAGCACCACAAGGGGUAUGAGGAGGUCCUAAUUCCUCCUACACCAGGAGCACAAAUGAAACCUGGAGAAAAGCUGAUUGAGAUCUCGGAGUUAGAUGAGUUUGCUCAAGCUGCUUUUCGUGGAUACAAAUCUUUGAACCGCAUUCAGAGCCGCAUAUAUCAUACUGUGUACUACACAAAUGAGAAUAUACUAGUUUGUGCUCCAACAGGAGCUGGCAAAACAAACAUAGCUAUGAUUUCCAUUCUACAUGAGAUUGGACAGCACUUCAAAGAUGGUUACCUGCACAAAGACGAGUUCAAAAUAGUUUAUGUUGCACCUAUGAAGGCGUUAGCUGCAGAAGUCACAUCAACUUUUAGCCAUCGGUUAUCUCCAUUAAAUAUGACUGUGAGAGAACUUACUGGAGACAUGCAACUUUCUAAGAAUGAACUUGAAGAAACUCAGAUGAUAGUUACAACACCUGAGAAAUGGGAUGUCAUUACUCGCAAGAGCAGCGACAUGUCACUUUCAAUGCUGGUGAAGCUCCUAAUAAUUGAUGAAGUUCAUCUUUUGAAUGAUGAUAGAGGCCCGGUAAUUGAGGCACUAGUUGCUCGGACUUUACGCCAGGUGGAGUCUUCACAGUCAAUGAUACGCAUUGUGGGACUUUCCGCCACUCUACCCAACUAUUUGGAGGUUGCACAGUUUCUGAGAGUGAAUCCAGAGGCAGGACUCUUCUACUUUGAUUCUAGCUAUCGUCCAGUGCCCCUUGCACAACAGUAUAUUGGUAUUAGUGAGACAAACUUUUCAGCCAAAACUGAAUUGUUGAAUGAGAUAUGCUACAAGAAGGUUGUGGAGUCACUAAGGCAAGGUCAUCAGGCAAUGGUAUUUGUCCAUUCUCGAAAGGACACAGCAAAAACGGCUCAGAAGCUGGUUGAACUUGCUCGCAAAUUUGAAGGACUGGAGCUCUUUAAGAAUGAUCAGCACCCACAAUUUUCAUUGAUCCAGAGGGAAGUUGUAAAAUCCAGAAACAAAGAUCUUGUUGAACUUUUUGAAUUCGGAAUUGGAAUUCAUAAUGCUGGGAUGUUACGUUCUGAUAGAGGUCUGACUGAGCGCCUUUUCUCUGAUGGACUAUUGAAGGUACUUGUUUGUACAGCAACUUUGGCGUGGGGCGUAAAUCUACCAGCUCACACUGUUGUGAUAAAGGGGACCCAAUUAUAUGAUCCAAAGGCUGGUGGGUGGCGAGACCUGGGAAUGCUUGAUGUUAUGCAGAUAUUUGGACGGGCUGGGAGACCUCAAUUCGAUAAAAGUGGUGAAGGUAUUAUAAUCACGUCUCAUGACAAGCUGGCCUACUAUCUGCGGUUGCUGACGAGUCAACUUCCUAUUGAAAGUCAGUUCAUUAGUUCCUUGAAGGACAAUUUAAAUGCAGAGGUGGCACUUGGAACUGUCACCAAUGUCAAGGAAGCUUGUGCAUGGCUUGGAUAUACAUACCUUUUUAUAAGGAUGAGGCUCAACCCUUUGGCAUAUGGUAUCGCGUGGGAGGAGGUUAUGGCAGAUCCUUCCUUGAGUUUAAAGCAGAGAUCUCUCGUAGCAGAUGCUGCGCGUGCCCUUGACAAAGCAAAAAUGAUGCGGUUUGACGAGAAAAGUGGCAAUUUUUACUGUACAGAGCUUGGUCGCAUAGCAAGCCACUUUUAUAUUCAAUACUCUAGUGUUGAAACCUACAAUGAAAUGUUGAAACGUCACAUGAAUGAGACUGAGGUAAUUGACAUGGUAGCCCACUCCUCGGAAUUUGAAAAUAUUGUUAUUCGAGAAGAGGAACAAAAUGAGCUUGAGAUGUUGGUGCGAAAAUUGUGUCCAGUAGAAGUUAGGGGUGGUCCUUCAAAUAAACAUGGAAAGAUUUCCGUUCUCAUUCAGGUGUACAUAUCUAGAGGCUCAAUUGAUACCUUUUCUUUGGUUUCUGAUGCUCAAUAUAUAAGUGCAAGCUUGGCACGUAUUAUUCGGGCCUUAUUUGAGAUUUGUUUGCGAAAAGGCUGGAGUGAGAUGUCAUUGUUCAUGUUGGAAUAUUGCAAGGCGGUGGACCGCCAAGUUUGGCCCCAUCAACAUCCUUUCAGACAAUUUGACAGGGAGAUUUCAGCACAAAUACUGCGAAAUCUUGAGGAACGAGGUGCUGAUCUAGAUCGCCUAUAUGAUAUGGAGGAAAAAGAGAUUGGGAAACUGGUCAAUUAUGGACCUGGAGGAAGGUUGGUUAAGCAAUAUUUGGGAUAUUUUCCAUGGAUCCAGUUAGAAGCAACUGUAAGUCCAAUUACCAGAACUGUUUUAAAGGUGGAUUUGCAUAUUAAACCAGACUUUAUAUGGAAAGAUCGUUUUCACGGCACCGCCCAGCGUUGGUGGAUUCUAGUUGAGGAUUCUGAGAAUGAUCAUAUCUACCACUCGGAGCUAUUCACUCUAACAAAGCGGAUGGCUAAAGGGGAACCUCAGAAGCUCUCGUUCACUGUGCCAAUAUUUGAGCCACAUCCGCCACAGUAUUAUAUUCGUGCUGUUUCUGAUUCUUGGUUGCAUGCAGAGGCAUUCUACACCAUUUCUUUCCAUAAUCUAACACUACCAGAGGCCCAUACUUCACAUACAGAACUGCUAGAUUUAAAGCCUCUCCCUGUGACAUCUCUUGGAAACACUGCUUAUGAAGCAUUGUACAAAUUCUCACACUUUAAUCCAAUACAAACACAGACUUUCCAUGUGCUGUAUCACACAGACAAUAAUGUAUUACUGGGAGCUCCUACUGGAAGUGGAAAAACUAUUUCUGCUGAGCUUGCUAUGCUUCGUCUCUUCAACACCCAGCCUGAUAUGAAGGUCAUUUACAUAGCACCUUUGAAGGCUAUUGUUCGAGAAAGAAUGAAUGAUUGGAGGAAGCGCCUUGUCUCUCAGCUAGGGAAGAAAAUGGUUGAAAUGACAGGAGAUUAUACUCCAGAUUUGAUGGCCAUCUUGUCAGCAGAUAUCAUAAUAUCAACUCCUGAAAAAUGGGAUGGUAUCAGUCGUAAUUGGCAUAGCCGAACCUAUGUUAAAAAGGUUGGGCUUAUGAUUUUGGAUGAGAUUCACUUGUUGGGAGCUGACCGUGGGCCUAUCCUCGAGGUUAUUGUGUCAAGGAUGAGAUACAUAUCCUCACAGACAGAGCGUGAAGUACGGUUUGUAGGCCUUUCUACAGCUCUGGCAAAUGCAGGAGAUUUAGCUGAUUGGUUGGGUGUUGGAGAAACUGGACUCUUCAAUUUCAAACCAAGUGUGAGACCUGUACCUCUUGAAGUUCAUAUCCAGGGAUAUCCAGGAAAGUUCUAUUGUCCAAGGAUGAAUAGCAUGAACAAACCAUCAUAUGCUGCUAUAUGCACCCAUUCACCUACAAAACCGGUUCUAAUUUUUGUUUCCUCACGUCGCCAGACAAGGCUUACUGCAUUGGACCUUAUUCAGUAUGCAGCUUCAGAUGAGCAUCCAAGGCAGUUUCUUAGUAUACCAGAAGAAGAACUGCAGAUGGUUCUUUAUCAGGUUGCUGAUAGUAACCUGAGGCACACCUUGCAAUUUGGCAUUGGAUUACACCAUGCUGGUCUGAAUGACAAAGAUAGAUCCCUGGUUGAGGAACUUUUUGCAAACAACAAGAUUCAGGUAUUGGUUUGUACUAGCACAUUGGCAUGGGGUGUAAACCUUCCAGCGCAUCUGGUUAUUAUUAAGGGAACAGAAUUUUAUGAUGGGAAAACAAAAAGAUAUGUCGACUUCCCAAUCACAGAUAUCUUGCAAAUGAUGGGUCGUGCAGGUCGCCCACAAUUUGAUCAACACGGGAAAGCAGUCAUUCUUGUUCAUGAACCCAAAAAGAGCUUCUAUAAAAAGUUUUUAUAUGAACCAUUUCCUGUCGAGAGUAGUCUGAGGGAACAGCUGCAUAAUCACAUUAAUGCGGAGAUAGUUUCUGGCACAAUUUGCCAUAAAGAGGAUGCAUUGCAUUAUCUUACGUGGACAUAUUUAUUCCGCAGACUGAUGUUUAAUCCGGCUUACUAUGGCUUGGACAAUACUGAUGCCGAAGUUCUCAGUUCUUAUUUGUCUAGGUUAGUGCAGAACACAUUGGAGGAUCUGGAAGACAGUGGAUGCAUCAAGAUGAGUGAAGACAGUGUGGAGCCAAUGAUGCUGGGUUCGAUAGCAUCCCAGUAUUACCUUAGCUACUUGACUGUAUCGAUGUUUGGUUCAAACAUUGGCUCAGAUACCUCUCUUGAAGUAUUCUUGCAUAUCCUAUCUGCUGCUUCUGAAUAUGAUGAGCUUCCUGUUCGCCAUAACGAGGAAAAUUACAAUGAGGCAUUGUCCGAGAGAGUUCGAUAUAAAGUGGAUAAGGAUCGCCUAGAUGAUCCACAUGUCAAAGCAAAUCUGCUAUUUCAGGCACAUUUCUCGCAGUUAGAAUUACCAAUUACUGACUAUGUCACAGACUUGAAGUCAGUUUUGGAUCAAAGUAUACGGAUUAUCCAGGCCAUGAUAGAUAUAUGUGCCAACAGUGGGUGGCUUUCAAGUUCAGUUACUUGCAUGCAUCUUUUGCAGAUGGUCAUGCAGGGCUUAUGGUUUGAUGAGGAUUCUUCCUUAUGGAUGUUGCCUUGCAUGAAUGUUGAACUUGCGGAAUCACUCGGCAAACGAGGAAUCUUCCAUAUACAGCAGCUAUUGGAACUUCCCAAGGCAACUUUGCAGAACAUGAUUGGAAACUUCCCUGCUUCAAAAUUCUUUCAGGAUCUGCAGCUCUUUCCACGCAUCGAAGUCAAGUUAAAAAUUCUACAGAAAGAUGGUGGAAAAUCUUGCUCUUUAAACAUCAGAUUGGUGAAGACCAAUUUCAGGAAAUAUAAAUCAAGAGCAUUCACUCCACGUUUUCCUAAGGUGAAAAAUGAAGCAUGGUGGUUGGUCCUUGGGAACACCUCUACGUUGGAACUAUAUGCUCUGAAGAGAGUAUCUUUCUCUGAUCACUUGGUUACUAACAUGGAGUUACCAUCCGAUUCAACCACUCUCCAGGGGAUGAAACUGAUUUUAAUAUCAGAUUGUUAUCUGGGGUUCGAACAAGAGCAUUCAAUUUCAGAACUUUAAGGAUGGCAGCAACCAGAGCAUUGCACAUCAGUCAGCAAGUUUGUACAUGCAUAAUAACUUUGUAUAUGCACAUCAGUCGCUGACAUUAGUUGUGCAUGUCCAUACUGUUGAAAAAUAGUCAGCAAGAUUGUAUAUGGUAACAGGUGCAAUUGAAGAUAACAUAAAAGAUUGAGAAUAUACAAUAAUUAGUCUAUUGAGUCGUA